AGCCAAAAAUACGCCAUAUACAUAGGGUGAUUUGAGAGUUGUUUGUAGAUGGGAACAAAAAUGGAAAUUGUCUUUAUUUCCUUGCCUACUUGGGCCGUUUUCUCUUUGGAGUUACAUGGAAAGACUUGGACUAAGUGGUCUCCAUGGAAUUCGAUAAAAUGAGAAUGAAGAGGACGAACACACACCAACACAAUGGAGAACCAUAAUAAGGUGCUAAUGCUAAUUGUGUGUACUUUCCUCUUUUGCUCCAUGCCCAUUUUUUGUAAACAGAAUGCAUUUACUACUUUUGCUCCAAAUCAGUUUAUCCAAUAUCCUAAAACAAUUGUUUCUGCAGCUGGAACCUUUGAAGCAGGCUUUUUCGACCUUGGAGAUACACAACGCCAAUACUUUGGUAUAUGGUACGAGAGCAUAUUACCUAGGAUUAUUGUGUGGGUUGCCAAUAGAAAUACCCCUGUACGAAACUCGACAGGAUUCCUGAAACUCAAUGAUCAGGGAACUCUUGUUAUUCUCGAUGGCUCCAAACGCAUCAUCUGGUACUCCAAUUCGUCAAGAAAAAUGGUGAAACCAGUUGUUGUAUUGUUGUUGGAUUCUGGAAACCUUGUUGUGAAAGAUGCAAACAGCAGUGGGAAUUUUCUUUGGGAAAGUUUUGAUUAUCCCGGUAACACUUUCCUUGCUGGAAUGAAGCUGAAAAGUAACUUAGUUACUGGUCCAUAUCAAUAUCUCACAUCUUGGAGAAACCCUGAAGAUCCUGCUGAAGGAGAGUAUUCAUAUAGGAUAGAUACACAUGGUUUUCCUCAGCUGGUUACUGCAAAAGGAGCAACGUUUCUGUCUAGAGCAGGUUCAUGGAAUGGAUUUCUUUUCACUGGUGUUUCUUGGCAAAGAAUGCAUAAAUUCUUGAAUUUCUCAGUAGUGUUCACUGACAAAGAAAUCGCUUAUCAAUAUGAAACUAUGAACAGUUCAAUUAUUACUAAAAUGGUGCUCGAUCCAGAUGGAAAGUCACAACGUACACUAUGGUUAGAUAGUGAACAAAUUUGGGAGAUUAUAGUUGCUCGUCCUGCAGACCAGUGUGAUUAUUAUUCGUUGUGUGGUAUCAACUCUAACUGCAAUGUUGAUAACUUUCCAAUAUGUGAAUGCUUGGAAGGUUUCAUGCCAAAAUUUCAACCAAAGUGGGAGUCAUCAAAUUGGUCUGAUGGGUGUGUAAGGAAAACACAUUUAAAUUGUCUCCAUGGAGAUGGAUUUUCGAAAUACCCAAGCAUGAAAUUGCCAGAUACGUCAUCAUCAUGGUUUGACAAGAGCUUGAGCCUUGAGGAAUGCAAGACAAUGUGUUUGAAAAAUUGUUCUUGCACUGCAUAUGCAAAUUUAGAUAUCAGAGAUGAUGGGAGUGGCUGCUUACAUUGGUUUAACAACAUUGUGGACAUGAGAAAACAUCCAGAGCAAGGGCAAGACGUUUACAUUCGGCUGGCAUCUUCAGAACUUGAUCAUAAAAAGAAUAAGAGGAACUUGAAGCUGGCUGGGACUCUUGCAGGUGUUAUUGCAUUCAUUAUAGGACUAUCCAUUCUUGUAUUGGUUACAUCAGCAUAUAGAAAGAAGUUUGGGUAUAUAAAAAAGUUAUUUCACCGGAAGCAUAAAAUGGAAACGGAAGAUGGUAACUUGGCUACAAUAUUUGAUUUUUCGACCAUCACUAAUGCAACAAAUAACUUCUCUGACAGAAACAAGUUAGGAGAAGGUGGUUUUGGAACAGUGUACAAGGGCUUAAUGGUAGAUGGCCAAGAGAUUGCUGUAAAGAGGCUUUCAAAAACAUCGGGACAAGGAGCCGAGGAGUUCAAAAAUGAAGUAAAGUUGAUGGCAACACUUCAACACCGUAAUCUUGUAAAACUUCUUGGUUGUUCUAUUCAACAAGAUGAGAAGUUGUUGAUAUAUGAAUUCAUGCCCAACAAAAGCUUGGAUUGCUUUAUUUUUGAUACUAUGCAAAGCAAAUUACUAACUUGGACCAAGCGCUUGGAAAUUAUUGAUGGGAUUGCUCGAGGGCUGUUGUAUCUCCAUCAAGAUUCUACACUAAGAAUCAUACAUAGAGAUCUCAAGACAAGCAAUAUUCUUCUUGAUAUUGAUAUGAUCCCAAAGAUAUCAGAUUUUGGUUUAGCCAGAUCAUUUAUGGGAGACCAAGCUGAGGCGAAUACAAAUAGAGUGAUGGGAACAUAUGGGUAUAUGCCUCCAGAAUAUGCAGUGCAUGGAUAUUUCUCAAUAAAAUCAGAUGUUUUUAGCUUUGGAGUCGUUGUACUUGAGAUAAUUAGCGGUAGGAAGAAUCGCGGAUUUUGUGACCCUAUACACCAUCUAAACCUUCUUGGUCAUGCAUGGAGACUAUGGAUUGAAGAAAGGCCACAUGAGUUAAUAGCUGAUAUAUCGUAUGAUGCGGAUAUAUGUUCCGAAAUCAUAAGAUUUAUUCAUGUGGCUCUAUUGUGUGUACAAGAGAAACCAGAAAACAGACCUAACAUGUCAUCUGUGGUUUUUAUGUUAAAGGGUGAAAAGCUACUCCCAAAACCUAGUGAACCUGGGUUCUAUGCUGGAAAAGAUAAUACAAAUAGCACAGGAUCUUCUUCAAAAGGUUGUUCGCUAAACGAAGCUUCAAUCUCAUUGUUAGAGGCACGAAAGCUAAUAACUCACACAAACACAAUGCAAAUAUACAAGGUUCUCAUGCUAAUGCUUCACACUUUCUUCUGUUUUAUUAUUCCCACUUUAUCUAUACAAUAUGAAACUUUUACUCCUAUUACACCAAAUCAUUCUAUCCAAGGUAAUGAGACUUUGGUAUCUUCUGCUGGAACUUUUGAAGCUGGAUUCUUCAACUUUGCAAAUUCACAAUUCCAAUACUUUGGUAUAUGGUACAAAAUCAUAUCACCUAGAACCUAUGUUUGGAUUGCCAAUAGAGAUUCUCCGAUACUAAACUCAACACCGAAUCUGAAACUAACAUAUCAAGGAAUUCUUAUUAUUGUUGAUGAUUCUGGAAGAAUCAUGUGGUCCUCCAAUGCAUCAACAAUUGCGGAAAAACCAGUCUUGAAACCGGUCUUGUCGCUUUUAGAUUCAGGAAACCUUGUUGUGAAAGAUGGAGAGAAGAUUUUGUGGGAGAGUUUUGAUCACCCUGGUGACACUUUUCUUGCAGGAAUGAAACUUAAGACAAAUUUACUUAAUGGUACUUCUAGGUCUCUAACGUCUUGGAAAAGUGUUGAAGACCCUUCUUCAGGUGAGUUUUCUUAUCACAUAGAUGUUCAUGGAUUUCCUCAACUAGUUACUACAAAGGGAAAAGUUUUAUUUAGUAGAGGUGGAUCAUGGAAUGGUUAUGCUUUUGGUGGAGUUUCAUGGCUAAGGAAUCUUAAACUAUUCAAAUUUUCGUUAGAGUUCAAUGAUAGAGAAGUUUCUUAUGAGUAUGAAACUUUGAAAAAUGAAACAAUUACUAGAUUAUGGCUUAAUCCAUCAGGUUUUGCUCAAAGAUUGGUAUGGUCAGAUAGUGGAGGAGAUUGGGAGAUUAUAUCGACUCGUCCAAUGGAUCAGUGUGAAUAUUAUUCAAGCUGUGAUGCUAAUUCUGUUUGUAAUAUUACAAACUCUCCAAGAACAUGUCAAUGCUUGGAAGGUUUUGUACCGAAAUAUUACGAAAAGUGGAAUUCUUUAGAUUGGUCUGGUGGAUGUGUUAGACGAAAAGCAUUAAACUGUAUCGGAGAUGAAUUUAUUAAGCAUUCAGGAGUUGAGUUACCAGAUACAUCAAAUUCUUGGUUUGAUAAGAGUUUGAGUCUUGAGGAAUGUGAGAAAAUGUGUUUGAAAAACUGUUCUUGUUCAGCAUAUGCGAAGUUAGAUGUUAAAAGUAAUAGUGGAUGUUUGCUUUGGUUUGGCAAGAUAAGGGACUUGACAAAACAUAUCGAUCAAGGACAAGAUAUUUUCAUAAGACUUGCUGCUUCUGAGUUAGAUCAUAGAAGAAAUAAAUGGAGAUUUAACAACAAGAAACUUGCCGGGGCACUUGGAGGAAUCAUUUUAUUUGUCAUGAUUCUUGGAUUGGCCACAUUUACAUACAAAAAGAGGAAGAAGCUUGCAAAGCCAGGGAUGCUAAAAAUAUUUCAUAGAAAGUGCAAAAGAGAGAAGGAAGAUGUGCAACUAUCAACAAUAUUUUGUUUUACAACCAUAUCUAAAGCCACAAAUCAUUUUUCAGACAGUAACAAGAUAGGACAAGGUGGUUUUGGACCGGUAUACAAGGGCGUAUUAGAAGACGGGUUGGAGAUCGUGGUGAAGAGGCUAUCAGAAAAUUCAGAACAAGGAGAAGAACAGUUCAAGAAUGAAGUUAUGUUGAUGGCGAAACUUCAGCACCGUAAUCUUGUAAAACUUCUUGGUUGUUCAAUUUAUCAAGAGGAAAAGCUUUUGAUCUAUGAAUUGAUGCCCAACAGAAGCUUGGAUUAUUUCAUUUUUGAUUCAACGCGAAAGGAAAAAUUAGAUCUGACAAAACGGUUCCAAAUUAUUGAUGGAAUUGCUCGAGGGCUGUUGUAUCUUCAUCAAGACUCUAGGUUAAGAAUCAUCCAUAGAGAUCUGAAAACAAGUAAUGUUCUUCUUGAUAAUGAUAUGAAUCCAAGAAUAUCUGAUUUUGGUCUAGCUAGAACAUUUAAAGGAGAUCAAGAUGAAUCCAAAACAAUUAGAUUGAUGGGAACAUAUGGUUAUAUGCCACCUGAAUACGCGGUUCAUGGAUCUUAUUCAAUCAAAUCAGAUGUAUUUAGCUUUGGUGUAAUUGUUCUGGAGAUAAUUAGUGGGAGAAAGAAUCGAAACUUUUAUGACCAUCAUCACAAUCUUAAUCUUCUUGGUCAUGCAUGGAGACUAUGGAAUGAAGAUAAGGCACAAGAAUUAAUAGAUGACUUAUUCCAUGGUACAACAAUUCCAUGUGAAAUGUUGAGAUGCAUUCAUGUUGGUCUACUAUGUGUGCAACAAACACCACAACAUAGACCAAACAUGUCAUCUGUAGUCUUAAUGCUGAAUGGUGAAAAUUUGCUGCCUGAACCUAGCGAACCCGGGUUUUAUUCCAGAUCAGUUCAUCAUCCGAUUCAGGUAGAAUCAUCUUCAAGAAGUUGCGAAGAUUGUUCACAAAACGAAGCUUCUAUGUCAUUGUUAGAGGCGCGAUAAAAUCUUAUUUAUAAUAAUCUUAUGACAAAAGUGCUUGUAUAUAUUUUUGAGAACUUGUAAAAGUAGCUUAUAAGUUAUAAAUGUCUUAAAAUUUUCAGCUUAUUUCAAUAAGCUCUCAACAACAUCAAAAGAAAUUCAUAAAAUAGUGGGACAGUUAUGGAAAUUAAAUCCUAAUGUUCAUAUAGCAGCCAACAUUGGAUUUGUAGGUCCAUAUUUAAAAAUCCUUCAAAAAAGUUGCCAUAAAUAUUUAGUCAACAUUUUACUAUUUUAUGCCAUAAGCAUGCAUUAUCUAUAAGUUCAUCUUACAU